ACAGAUAAAAAGAAACCCCGAUCUCAAAAAGAACCGCAAGAUAAAAAUCACAAAGCCAGCACGUUUUAGGCUGGCUCUCAGUUGACUAGAUUUUCCCAUUUUAUCCUUUUAGAUUUUCCCGCUCUUGCUCUUGUCAUUCUCUCUCUCUCUCUCACUCUCGCUCGCUCUCUCGCUCUCACUAACGCCAUCGUGGUUUCAUUUCCAAAUCAAAUACUGCCGUAGUGUUAGCAAACAUCCUGCUUGCUCGCUCUCGCCACACUCAUCUCUUUCCUGGGUUAGUGUCUCCCUUUCUGCUUUUGUCCAUCCGUGCGUGCUCCCGUGUGCUCCCAUUCAUUCAUAAUAAUCUCUCGUCCGGUGUUGGCUUGCAUCUCUUUUAUCAUCUCGUGCCGCCCAAUGCCACCUUGUCUCGCGGUGCUUUAUAGUAGCUUCGGCAACCAGAGCACACUAAGUUUGUCACUCUUGCCCUAAGGCCGCCAGUCGGCAAGCAUGCGAUCUGGGACUUUUCGUUCGGGCGAAAAGGUUCUUCCGUCGCGCUUCGAAAAGUAGUGCAGUUUUACUCGUAUGCGACACUUUCUGGCUCCUUGGCUUCUGCAGUGGUGUGCUUUUUUGCAGCGGAUCCAGCUCGCACCACCACCAGACGAGACAAAAUCUGCUGGUGUGUCCCCGGUACGCGGUCGCCUCCUCCGAACCACCUUCGCCGUCCACCCUCCGUACGCACGAAGGCAGGUGUUUGUGAGUGCGUUUGUGAAUGUUUGUGUUAAUUUCGUGAAAUUAGUUCGACCGGAGUGCGAUGCGGACGCGGCACGGUUAAGCUCUGCCGUCACUGCCGCCAGAACCUCACUAACCAACCCCGUCGUCGUCAUCGUCAUCAGCAGCAGCAGCUUCCCCAUCGGCCAACCUGCCUGCCCCGACGUCGUCGUAGUCGUGGUCGUCGUCUUCGUUGUCACCAGCCACCAGCCACCAGCGCCGUCAAAGUCAGUGUGCCGUGCUCCCAUAGCUUCACUAGAUUGCAUGGAGGAAUUUAGUGGCACGACUGCUCAGCUAGAUUUUGGUCGUUCCACAAGUUUGGGGUCCAAUCCGGCCAUACAAAUACGCAGCAAUGCAACGACGACGCCCGGUUUGCGCUACAAAAAUCUCGGCAAGAGUGGCCUGCGCGUCUCGAACGUCGGCCUCGGCACAUGGCCCAUCUUUUCGCCGGGCGUUUCCGAGGAGCAGGCGGAAGCGAUCCUGCGUCUGGCCGUCGAUAGCGGAAUCAAUUUAUUUGACCUUUCCGAGGCGCAUUCAGGUACACGUGCGGAAAUAGAGCUGGGAAAGAUCAUUCAAAAGGCAGGAUGGAAACGAACCAGCUUCGUCAUAACAACAAAAAUUUAUUGGAGCACAAAAUCCGAGGAGCGAGGAUUAUCGAGAAAACACAUCAUCGAAAGUGUCCAAGCGAGCCUGCAAAGGUUGCAGCUGCCAUACAUCGACGUCAUACUGGUACACAAGGCGGAUUCUAUGUGUCCGAUGGAAGAGAUUGUGCGGGCCAUGAAUUACGUCAUAUCGCAGGGAUGGUCCAUGUACUGGGGAACUGCACGGUGGUCACCCGUAGAGAUCAUGGAAGCCUACACCAACUGUCGGCAGUUUAACUGUGUGACCCCGAUCGUGGAACAGUCGGAGUAUCAUAUGUUCUGUCGCGAGAAGGCGGAGCUAUACCUGCCGGAGAUGUACAACAAGAUUGGCGUCGGGUUUAUGGCUUGGGGGCCACUGUCCAUGUGCUUGGGCGAUGCGCAGAACGGCGAGAAGCUCUGGAUACCGAAGGGAUCGCUCAAGAGCAAAAGCCAAAGCUACUCCUGGAUCGAGGAUGAAGUAAACAAAGAAGACGAAGCACGCCGGCUGUACGACAAAGCGCGGGACAUCAGCAAUCUGGCGGAAAAGCUGGGCUGCAACGCGGUGCAGCUAUCAAUUGCGUGGUCGCUGAAGCACGAGCCGGUACAAUGUUUGCUGCUCGGUGCAACCUCCCCGGAACAACUCCAUCAAAGCCUGCAAGCGCUACAGUUACUGCCACGGCUGUCGACCGGUGUGAUGCUGGAAAUAGAACGCAUCCUCGAAAACAAACCGGUGCGUCCACCGCCGAUAUCUACGCUUGCGCUUCGGUGACAAUCAGCCUGCCCCCCGGGGCCUCCUAGCGAAAGCGGAGUUCCGUGUGGGGCAGAAUCGCCUAAAGAGGAAGACAUCAGCAUGGGUGAGGAGCAGAAAGAAUCGCAAAAGAUUAGCUUCUGCGAAAUUCAGUGACAAAACGAGAAUUUAGUAACCAGUAACCAAUUUGUAAACGUCGUCACUAGUGUUACGGAACGUAGCUCAGCACUAACGCUUCAAGACUGCUGCCAUACGCCCUCAGCACAGCAGCAGCAGCAACAGCAGCAACAGAGCAUGCAACCACGUCAGCAGCAAAUGCACCAACCGUACCAUCCGCACCAGUCGCAGCAGUCCCAGCAUCAGCAGCAUCAACAGCAUCAGCAGCGUCAGCAGCGUAGUGUUCAACAGCAGCGAAUGCAAAAGCAGCUUGUAAGGCACCCAAAGCUGUGGCGGCAGCGGCAGGAGAGAAGCGUGCUGAAGCCGAGCCUGCUAAGCCUGGAGUCGCUGAGCGUUAGCUUGGAGAGUCUCUUCUACGAUCAGGCUGGUUUAGAUAGCAAAUUUAACAAUUCCUCCACGGCCACCGGUACGAUGCAGUCGACAAGUAGUACCAUUAGCACUACCAGCGGUGUAACUGGGAUCGGCGAGGAAAAGCAGCAACAGCAGCAGCAGGCACACCAAUUAGUAGAUUGCUUAAAGUCAAUUGACCACACGUUGAUGGGUGAGAAGAAGAUUAGGUAUAAGAUUUCGUGCAGCUUCAAAUCGUUGGACAGCAAUUGCAAAUCGCUGUUCAACUUUCUGCGCGGCAAAGGCACCGCGAACGGGGUCGCACCGGCCAAGUCGAAGUCGGUGUCGGGAGAUUGUGAAGCAGUUGCGGCACCUGCUGCCAACGCCCUGGUCGUACAUCACCAGCCACCGGGAUACGGUGUUCGCAUGCUGCUGAACCGGAAGCUGUUCAGUGAUCGCCGGGACAGUGUGCUGCUUGCACCGUGCAUUAAUGUGGCGGAGAGUUAAGCGGCGCGACUAGGCGCACUCCAAGGGUCAUGGGAACCUGCGUUACGUUACGGGGCUCUUGUAUGACGCCUGGCUCAAUCCUCAAAGCAAUCGAAUGCAAUUUACUUUGUGUUUCGCCAAAUGAAGACAACAACAAAAAGGGACGACAGAGACACACACGUACGUGUGGGUUUCGCUGGUAAAGUUUAUACGCAACUUCAGAAGAGAGACAGCACUAUUGUUUACGAAGCGCUUUGUUUAUUGCUUCUGGUAAACAUUGUCCGAGUUAUGGGAACAAGGCGAAAUAUGCAAUUGAAACCAAACACAAACACACACACAGACACACAAGUUGUUAACGUCUAUACUUAUGAUGUUAAAAUUCUAAUAAUGUAAUAAUCACACACACAACAAGACGCGUUGUCCGCGAAAGAAGAUAUUGUGCGGCGGCAAAUGUUUGGAGCGAGAAUAUCUCAGCCAUAUACUAAACGUAAGCUUUCUGUACAGAACAGAUUGAAAAA